GGUGGUGGUAAAAAAAAAAGAAUAAGAUUCUUAUCAUAUCAUGGAUAUCAUAUGACGAAUAAUUGCCAUAACAAACAAACUUAAGUGAACACUACGAGAAUUGUAUAAAUAUAUACAAACAUCUGAAAGAUUGUAAGCUCUUAUUCAUAUCAAAGAAAAACAACAGAAUUAAUAUAUAAAAAUGCUUGAUACGCUUAUUGGAGGGAUUGUCGGAGGGAUUGCCGGAGCGAUUAUUGGAACGGUGGAUGGGUUCGCCAGAGGGAUCGGAAUAUGCCCCGAUAGUUACCAGAGCUGCACUCGUACCGACUGCGAGGAGCACAAAAAGAAGCUCCCGACCAACCUUAGCCGUAACGGCGGUGCAGCAGCAGUGAAGGCUAAGGAGAACGGCCGCCGUCGCCGCCAGAAAGACAGGGAGUAGAGGACUCUAGACUACCCAAAUAUUCUGACGGUUCAAAUAAGAAAGUAACGAUUAUGUACUCCCCAUAUAAUAAAUGUGUAAGAUGUAUCAUGUAUUUGUGUGACGGACUUUUAAUGAAAAUAAAUGUUCUUGUUUAAGUUUUUUUUUUUUUUUGUCAGCGUUCUUGUUUAAGUUAAUAAAUCAUUUAU